AUGUCGAUUCGUGCCAGCCCCCCGCCCGCAGCUUCGACUGAGACGUCGGAGAUCGACUCGACCAGCCAGCAGAAGACCGCCUAUGUCAGUAAUGAAGACAUCACCAGGUUUGAGACAAAAGCGGAAGGAGAUCUGAUGGACAUGGAAACACACGAGGUUUUCAAGAAGCGCACCGAUGGUGUCGAGUUCCGAACCGUCGGCUGGAUUAAGGCCACUCUUAUCUUCAGCAAGAUCGAGUUUGCCAUGAGUAUUCUGGCCAUUCCUUCCGCUCUGGGAGCGUUGGGCGCUGUUGGGGGUUGCCUGUCAAUCAUCGGAUGGACUACCCUAAACACUUAUACCGGCGUUCUGCUUGGUGGCAUCCGCAACAGACAUCCUGAAUGUCACACACUCGCAGACAUGAUGGCCUUAGUCUGGGGCAAAGUCGGCCGCGAAUUCGUUAUCGUUCAGCUUAUCAUUAUCCAAAUCUUAGUCUGCGCUGCAGGCGUCGUUUCAACCGGAACGGCUUUCAACGCGUUGUCAAACCACGGCGCCUGUACUGUGGUAUUCAACUUUGUUUCCGCGGCAUUGAUUACCCUCUGUUCAUCUAUCCGGACUUUCUCCCGCCUUGGCCUGCUCACCUGGUUUGGUUUUGCAACCUUCUUCCUGUCUGUCUUCAUCUUCACGGUUGCCGUCAGCCAGCAAGACCGGCCAGCGGCAGCGCCGAAGGAAGGUCCCUUCGAACUCGGCUUCGCGGCUAUCGCAAACCCAGGUUUCAUUAUAGGCAUGCUCUCGACCCUCAACAUCUUCGUGAGCACCAGUGGCCCUUUUAUGUAUCUUCCUGUCAUUGCAGAAAUGAAGAACCCUAAGGAAUUUAAAAAAGCAACUAUCUGGGCCGGUAUCAUCGUUGGCAUUAUUUAUUUUUCGUUUUCCACUACGAUCUAUGCGUACUGCGGUGUCUGGCUUGCAAGUCCCGCUUUCGGCAGCGCGGGAACGCUCUUCAAGAAGAUCUCUUACGGCGUUGCCUUGCCAGGUCUUAUCAUUGGCGUCGGUCUCUACCAACACGUUUCAGCGAAAUACCUCUUUGUCCGGUUAUUGCGAGAUUCCAAGCACCUACAGGCCAAUACACUAGUUCACUGGACCACUUGGCUUGGAGUUAACCUCCUUCUCGGGGCUCUAGGGUUCAUCGUCGCAGAAGCAGUUCCAGUUCUAAACUUUUUGCUUGGCCUCGCUGCGUCCCUCGGCUCUGCGCCGUUCAGUCUGAUCUACCCAAUCAUUCUAUGGAAUAUGGACUACAAGUCAUAUCGAACUGGCAGGAUGACUCAAAAGUCAAAGUAUGCAUUAAACAUGCUCAUUGCUUUCCUCGGAAUGUUUGUUAUGAUUGCUGGCACGUAUGCUGAUGCGGUGGCCAUCCGGGAUGCGUUCAGAUCUGGAUUCAUUUCGAAGGUUUUUGACUGUGCCGACAACUCAGGCUCUGUCAUCGUCGACCAUUAA